AUGGAGCCCCCGCGCGGCCGGCGCACUCGCAAUGCCGCCGUCCCCACCGCCUGCUUCCUCCUCCUCCUCCCCCUCCUCCUCGUCCCAACCCUCUCCCCCUCCGCCCGCCACCACGCCGCCCCCAGCCUCCGUCACGUCGUGCACCGGGCGGCCCUCUCCUCCCCGUUCUUUGCCGCCAGGCCGCGGGGGGACUGCCAGGAGCUGCAGGCGCUGCACGGCGCGGAGGCCCGGUGCGCCUACCUCCUGUCGCACACCCCCUGCGCGCCGGCGGGGUACGUCGACUACCUCCGCCUCUUCUACUGCGGAUUCGCCGGCGCGGGGCACCCGGCAGCGGGCUACGCGGCGUUCCUGCUCUGGCUCGUGGUCCUCUUCUACCUGCUCGGCGACACCGCGUCCGAGUACUUCUGCGCGUCGCUGGAGGGCCUCUCCGCCGCGCUGCGCCUGCCCCCCGCCGUCGCCGGCGUCACGCUGCUCUCGCUCGGCAACGGCGCGCCCGACGUCUUCGCCAGCGUCGUCUCCUUCGCGGCCGGCGACGGCGGGGACGGCGGCGGGGUCGGCCUCAACAGCGCCCUCGGCGGCGCCCUCUUCGUGUCCACCGUCGUCGCCGGCGUCGUCGCGCUCGCCGCCGCGGGGUCACGGGGAGGGGCCGUCGUGGAGCUGCGCGGGUUCCUGCGCGACCUCUGCUUCCUCUUCUUCGCGCUCUGCUACCUCGUGGCCGUGCUCGUGAGCGGCACGAUCACCGUCUGGGUGGCCGCGUCAUUCGUCUCCAUCUACGUCGCAUACGUCGUCCUCGUCUGGACCUCCCAGUGCUGCGCCGAGCCGGGCAAGCCGCCGCACGCCGACCUCGCGGCGCCGCUCCUCCUAGAGGACGACGACGACGACGACGUACCUCCGCUGCCGUCCUACUCGUCCAAGACCGCGCCAGCCUCCACGACGGCAACAGCCUGCCUGCAUUACCUCGUGUGCGCGCUCCGCAUGCCGCUGUACCUCCCGCGGCGGCUCACCAUCCCGGACAUCGCCGCGCACCGCUGGUCCCGGCCCUGCGCCGUGGCCUCCGCCGCGCUGGCGCCGGUCCUCCUCGCCACGACCUGGACCUCGCACAGCCCGGCGGCAACAUCCUCGCACCACCACCACACCAGCGACGGCCACGCGAUCCUCCUCGCAGGCGCCGUCCUCGGCCUCCUGUUGGCCGCCCUCGCCGCGGCGACCACGGACGCCGCAUCCCCUCCCCGCGGGCGACGGCGCCGCGUGCCAUGGCUUGCCGCAGGGUUCCUGAUGAGCGUGCUCUGGGCAUACACCCUGGCGCGCGAGCUGGUGGCCCUGCUGGUGGCGAUCGGGUACAUGGUGGGCGUGAAGGCGAGCGUGCUGGGCGUGACGGUGCUGGCGUGGGGGGAUUCACUCGGCGACCUGGUCUCCAACGUGGCGAUGGCGACGCACGGCGGCCCGGGCGGCGCGCAGACGGCGGUCUCCGCCUGCUACGCCGGGCCGCUGUUCAACACGGUGGUGGGGCUGGGGCUAUCCCUCACGCUGGCGGCCGGCGCGCAGUACCCGGCGCCGUUCACGCUGCCGGCCGACUCCGCCGUGUACGAGACGGUGGGGUUCCUGUGCGCGGGGCUGGCGUGGGCGGCGGUGGUGGUGCCGGCGAGGGGCAUGCGGCUGGACCGGGUGUACGGGGUGGGCCUCAUCGUCAUCUACCUCACCUUCUUCGGCGUCCGCGUCCUCGACAGCCUCGGCCUCUGGUUCGGGUAG